AUGGCUUCGUACUACCGCAAGUUUAUCUCUGGGUUUAGUGACAUUGCUAGUCCACUAAAUCGUCUCACUCAAACAGACAUGUCAUUUGUAUGGGAUGAGAACUGUGAAAAUGCAUUCCAAACUAUCAAAGAGGAACUUAUGUCGAGUCCUGUCGAGGUAUUCCCAGAACCAAACGGUGAUUUUAUUCUAUUCACCGAUGCAAGUGUUGUAGGAGUAGGAACUGUUUUGGUACAAGAGGAUGGAGAGGGAGAGAAGAGAGUAGUGUAUCUUAUGCAUCGAAAGCCUUCUCAGGUUCAGAGAAGAACUGGACUACCACAAAGAAAGAAGCAUACGCUGUUGUUUGGGGCUCUGCAAUAUUUCCAUCCCUAUAUGUACGGACGAAAGGUGGUCAUAUAUAUAUAGAUCACAAGGCUCUAAAGUAGCUGAAAAACGUUAAACAUCCAAAUGGUAAACUGGCAUGCUGGACUUUGGAACUGAAAGAAUACGUCUACACUACAGAACAUAAGCCUGGUAAUAUGAUGCAACAUGCUGAUGCACUUUCCCGUGCCCCGGUUAACAGCGUUCGGAUUUCCACAUUGUCGUGGACGGCGCUUGAAGAAACUCAAAACCUGGAUGAUGAUAUUCUGUUAGUAAGGAGAUGGGUAUUGAAUGGUUUAAGACCAGAUGCUAAACCAAAAGAUACCAGCCCAAUGUUGAAAGCGUUGUACAAUGUCUUUGAAUCUUUAGUCGUUGAAAAGAAUGUUCUUCGUCGAAAAUGGAUCGAUGAAGAUGGUAAAGAAACGUUGCAGAUCGGUACCUAAGUUGGCUUCACCUGCAAUUUUGAAAGAUGCCCACGAGCAAGUUGGUCACCUUGGAAUAGCAAAAACAUUCGAAAUGAUUCAGAGCGGGUUUUAUUGGCCUGGAUUUUACAAAGAUGUAAAAACAUUUUGUAAAAGCUGUGAAAUUUGUGCGAAAAACAAAGUUGUACCAAGACCUCGAAGUCCUAUGAAACCAUUUGACAUUGUUCCAGUGCCAUUUUACAUGAUAGGAGUAGAUCUUAUUGGUCCUUCGAAGUUAGCACGUCAGGGAAACAAGUAUAUCCUUUCCAUUAUUGACUAUUAUUCGAAGUAUGCAGAAGCAGUAGCUCUUCCCAAUCAAGAGGCGGAGAAGGUCACUAGUUCGAGCUUUGGAACAAGUGUUUGCCAGGCAUGGAAUGCCUUCAGUUUUGCUCACGUACCAAGGCCGUAA